CGGCUCUUUCCUUUUUUUCUCUUGAGGUUUUUCCUUGAGAGUCUCUCUUCCCUCUCCCCUAACCUCAACUCCCAUCCCCAUGUCUUAGCUUCUCCCACCAUCUAAAAAUCCAAACCACCAAGCAAAACACAGAUGGGGACUACUCACCACCAUCACCAACCCCCCACUUUUCCCACCAAGAAGCUCAUAACUUGGGGUCUCUAUGCCCUCCUUUCCUUGGCACUCCUCCAUCUCUAUCUCUUCCCCGUCCCCUUAAACCAACCCAAAGUCACCAAUCACCCUCGAUCCCAAAAGACCACCACCACCUCCUCCUCCUCCCUCAUCCCUUCCUCUCAAGCAGGGAAAGGGGUUGAACAGAGGAGAAGAAGUCCCCCCUGCGACUACUCCGAUGGGCGGUGGGUGCCCGACGCGCGCGGCCCUCGCUACAACGGCACGAGCUGCAGCACCAUCAAAGAUGGCCAGAAUUGCAUGGCCCACGGCCGGCCCGACACCGGCUACCUCUAUUGGCGGUGGCGGCCGAGCCAGUGCCAGAUCCCCGCCUUCGACCCCACGUCGUUCCUCCAGCUGAUCCAGAACAAACACUUGGCUUUCGUCGGCGACUCCAUGGCUCGGAACCAAUUGGAGUCCCUCCUCUGCCUUCUCUCCACGGCAUCUUCGCCCGAGCUUGUCUACCGAGACGGGGAAGAAAAUAAGUUUCGGCGAUGGGUCUUCCAUGCUUACAACGCCACCGUCUCGGUCUUUUGGUGCCCGUUCCUCGUGAAGGGGAUCGAGAAGUCGGCGUCGUCCGGCCUGAAUCACAACAAGCUGUAUCUAGACUCGGCGGACGAUCGGUGGGCGUCGGAAUUGGAUCGAUUGGAUAUGGCGGUCUUCUCGGUGGGGCACUGGUUCCUCCACCCUGCCGUCUACUAUGAGAACAAAUCAGUCCUCGGCUGCCACCAUUGCCCUGAAUUCAAUCACACCGAGAUCGGUUUCUUCGAUGUCUUCAGAAAGGCAUUCAAGACCACACUCAAGGAGGUGACCGAGCGAUCCUGGUCAUCGCCAUCCUCCUCCGAGAAGUUUGUGGUGGUGACCACCUUCUCGCCGGCACACUUCGAAGGGGAGUGGGAUAAGUUUGGUGCUUGUCCAAAGAAGGAGCCUUACAGAGAAGGGGAGAAGGAGAUGGAGUACAUGGACGCGGAAAUGAGGAAGAUAGAGGUGGAGGAGGUGGCCGCGGCUGCGAAGGAGGCGGCGAAGAGCGGAGGGAGGUUAAGGAUUGAAGCGUUGGAUGUGACCAAAUUGGCAUUGCUGAGGCCGGACGGCCACCCGGGGCCUUACAUGUAUCCGAAUCCGUUUGCUGAUGGAAUAAAAGAGAAGGUCCAGAAUGACUGCGUGCACUGGUGUUUGCCGGGGCCAAUCGACACUUGGAAUGAGAUAUUGUUGGAGAUGAUAAAGAGAUGGAAAGAAGAUAAUAGCUGAAGAAGAAGAUGUCACCAUAAUAUUUUUGUUUGUUGCCAAUUAAUUAGAGGAAGGGAAUAAUAGAUUGAAUUCUUUUUUUUUUUUUGUUCAAUUUCUUAUUGAAGGUAUGAAAGAAGAGAGUUGGGCGAGCUCUUAUGAGCUAAAACAUUGAUGCAUGUUGAUGGGGAAAGUUUAUGGUUCAUGUGGUAUUGAUGAAGUUGGUGAAAGUGUUCGAGAUUUUUUUAUCAAAAGUUGAAUGCCUUGGGCCACAAUAAUUUGGUGUGAAGUGGAGCUCCAGCUGUCUCAGCUGUCUCAGCAUCUCUCUCAUGUGCAUUGGAUCAAGAAAAAUGCUGCCUCCCCAAAAUCUUUCGGAA